CAAAAAUGGCCUCUAUAACUACUUCGGCUCUACUUUAUCUUUUAUACUUCUUGCUUCCUGUUUCUCCCUCUCAGGCUUUUUCACUGAAAAAUUGCACUAUACUUUAUCAGGAGAACACCUCUCCCGAUCUUUCUUUGGACUGUGCAAAAAUGAAAUUUGUUACUAUCCCUGAUUACAUCCCUAAAAAUGUUACGUCAUUACAACUAGGAGAAAACCUGUUAAUAAGUAUUACCCGAAAUGACUUUAAUGACAUGAAAAAGCUGAGUUAUCUGAAUUUAACAAUGAAUGAAAUAACAUAUGUUGACCAAGGGUCUUUUAUCAAUUUAGGUUUAUUAGAUACACUACAUAUGGCAAGAAACAGACUAACCAACCUGACAAACAACAUGUUUAAUGGGCUCUCCAACCUUAGAGUGCUGGUCCUCAGUUUCAACAAGAUCCAAUACAUUCAUAAGUAUGCCUUCCAGGGUCUGACCAGCUUACAAUCUCUUGAUAUUAUUCACAACAGACUUCAGGAAAUUGUAGAAAUUCUGCCAAUCUUACGCCUGCCACAGUUACUUACGCUUAAUCUAAAAUUCAAUACUAUUACUAAAAACACCAAAUAUUUCAAUCAAAAUUUCUCCUCAUGUCUUAAAGAAUUGGAGGUUUCUGGUUCUGCCCUGAAACUGUUAAGCAUCACAGCUACAAUUUGCCCACACCUCCAGACCAUAGAAUUGUCAUUACCCAUUUCACAAGGAAAAUGGGACUUAACUGAUAAUAGACUGCUGAAAAACAUAACAAAGUUGUAUGCUGAGAGCGAAGCAAUAUCCCUAAAAGGAAUCCAAACAGUUUUAGAAAAUAUUGCAAGACUGGAUCAUCUGGUCUUUGACACUGUGGAUGAUUGGAUUAAAGACGGGAUAUUACCUAGUUCAGUCUGUAAAACACCAACACUCAAAAAGCUUAGCAUCACUGGAACCCAUGUUGAUAAUUUUACUAUUGGAUUGGCAUCAUGCUCUCAGCUCAGAGAGCUUGACCUGGAAGACAAUUAUAUGCAUGAACUCUCAAAAGGUUCAAUGCAAUCAAUGAAGCAACUGCAAUCCCUAAAUCUGGCUUAUAAUAAGCUCACCAAAGUUCCUCAUGACAUAAGGUGCCUCUCCUCCCUUGAAAUCUUAAAAUUGUGUUACAAUGAUAUCGCUGGACUCAGCUGUGAUGAUUUUCUGAACAACACACAUCUGAAAGAGCUUUACCUGAACAAUAACCGCAUAAGCAAACUGGAAAAAUGUGUAACUAAAAAUCUUGACAAUCUGAAAGUUUUAGAUUUGAGUAACAAUCAGCUGAAGACAUUUGAAGAUACAUUUAAAGUUUCCCUCCAUAAGCUUGAGGCCUUGGACAUAAGCCACAACCCCAUAAAAUAUCUGGACACAGAUGAAUUUCAACACUUAAAAUUCCUGAAAGAUCUGAAGGUGGAAACCUAUCUGUUUGUAAAUGUACCUUAUUUUAGUGGUUUAGUGAGCUUAGAAAAUCUUGUAGUUUACUUAAACACAAACACUUAUUUAAAAAGUCUCCAGUCAAACAAUGAUAAAGCCUCUGCAAAAAUUAAGACACAGAAGCAUCUAACACUAAUCGGAAGCAGCAAUUAUGAAUUGAUGCCCUUUCACGUAAUUAAGGAAAUGCUCAAGGCUUAUGAAAAUGUAGAGACAUUUUCAGUUUUUAAUAUCUAUAUUAACGACUUAGAUGUUGAAACAUUUGAACCAAACCUCCAGCUAAAAAGUUUGACAUUAUCAUCAAUGGAUUUGUUAUAUUUCAAUUCUACUUUAUUAUUAACUCUCCCAAACCUGCAAAAUUUCGAUCUUUCAAAAUCUAAACUCAGGUCUUUGGAUUUUCUGGUCCAGGCAAAUCUUUCUGCACUCAGAUCUCUAAAACUAACUGACAAUGAGAUCACUGUUAUUAGCGAGACGGUCUUCCAGUCUCUACCCUCUCUGAGAUUGUUGGAUCUGGACAACAACCCAUUCUUAUGUGAGUGCUCUAACGCAGGCUUCAUCCACUGGGUACUGACCAACCCACAAACACAAGUGGUAAAAGCUCAUCAAUAUAAAUGUUUCUCUCCUGUGGACAAACAAGAAAGCUUGUUACUAGGUUUUGACAUUCAGUCCUGUCGGCAAGAUAUUGGCUUUCCCUACUUUAUAUCCACCACUUUUCUGGUUGUUUUUACUCUCUUUGCAUCCCUAUUCUAUAAAUUUCUGAGAUGGCAUAUCUCCUACACAUUCCACCUGUUUCUGGCUCUCCUCUAUGACAGCAAAAUGCGGAAGAAGGAAGAUCCUCAUCGCUUUGAUGCCUUUGUGUCCUACAAUGUCCACGAUGAGGACUGGGUUUACAGAGAAUUGCUACCAGAGUUGGAGGGAGAGCAGGGCUGGAGACUUUGUCUGCACCACAGAGAUUUCCAACCAGGUAAACCCAUCAUCGAGAACAUUACUGAUGCCAUUUACGAAAGCAGGAAAACUAUCUGUGUUAUCAGCCGACACUACCUGCUGAGUGAAUGGUGCUCAAGAGAGAUACAGAUGGCCAGCUUCCGUCUGUUUGACGAGCAGAAGGGUGUGCUGAUCCUGCUGUUUUUGGAGGAGAUCCCUACUUAUCAUUUGUCUGCACUCUACGGCAUGAGGAACCUGGUGAAGAAACGCACAUACCUCAGCUGGCCUCAGGCUGCGCAACACCCACGACUCUUUUGGCAGAAUGUCAAGAGAGCUCUGCAGACAGGAGAAGCUCUCACUGAGAACACUGACCUCCUUACCGGACAAACAACAUAUUGAAUAACGUGCAAAUGAUUUAAGAUUACUUAAUAAUCCAGAGAUAAAAAUGAGUGUAUAUUAAUCAGUUACCCUUAAUGUUUUUUUUUAAACAUCCUUAAAUCUAUUUGAAUCUAGCAAAGAUAGUCAUGACUUCUGUUUCAUAUCAACUCAUCAUAUAUUAGCAGCCAUUCAAGAUUUCCUGACUGGUCCCCUACAUUUCCUUUUUAAACAUCCAUUUUUGUACUAAAAUAUUCUUUCUGUCAUGUUUUGUGUACAUUAAGAUCUAAAGAGAAGCGCCUUCUCCUGG